AUGGGUGGUGGGGAAUGUUUCCAAUUUGUGGUACAUGUGGUAAAAGGCAAAUGGUUCACGGUUUUUGCCUCAUUGUUGAUCAUGGCUGGAGCUGGUGCAACAUACAUAUAUGGAAUCUACUCCAAACAGAUUCAGAAAACUCUUGGUUAUGAUGAAGAUGCAAUGAAUAAGAUAACCCUUUAUAGAGAUGUUGGUGCAAAUGUAGCCAUUUUCGCUGGCUUAAUAGCUGAGGUGGUACCAACAUGGGUUGUGACCCUCAUUGGUGCCGCCAUGAACUUUGGGGGUUACUUCAUGAUAUGGAGAGCUGUCACAGGCAAAAUUUCCAAACCAAAAGUUUGGCAUAUGUGCGCUUACAUUGCCAUUGGAACCAACUCUCAGAACUUUGCAAACACAGCAGCUCUUGUCACCUGUGUCAAGAAUUUCCCGGAGAGCCGUGGCGUUGUUUUGGGACUAAUGAAGGGUCUCGUUGGGCUUAGUGGAGCUAUCUUAACACAAAUUUUCCUUGGUAUGUAUGAAGAUGAUUUGAAUUCUCUCAUUCUUCUCAUUGGUUGGCUCCCAGCUGCGGUAUCAGUGGUGUUUGUGUUCACACUCCGGACAAUGAAGACUGAAAGACAACCUAAUGAGCUCAAAGUGUUCCUACUUUUCUUCUAUUCAACAAUUGUACUUGCAUUUUAUCUCAUGAUUAUGACAUUGCUUGAGAAAUACGUUACUAUGGGCAACGCAGUGCAUUCAAAAAGUGCAAUUGUGGUUACUGUCCUGCUCUUCCUCCCUCUCUAUAUUGUCUUUAAAGAAGAGAGAACCCUCUGGAAAAAUAAGAAAGAGCGUGAGAAUCCUUCUCCUGAAAUGACCGUCGAGAAAUCAGAAGAUUCAGAACCCAAGCAGCUAGCAGAGGAGCCGAAAGGGUCUUGUUUUGCAAACAUCUUCAAUAAACCAGAAAGAGGAGAAGAUCACGGCAUUUUGCAAGCAAUACUAAGUGUUGACAUGUUGUUUAUCUUUGUCAUUUCGUUGUGCGGAUAUGGGACAAGCUUAACAGCAAUUGACCAAUUUGGACGCAUUGGCAAAGCACAAGGAUAUAGUGAUAGACUCGUAGGCUCCAUUAUUACACUAGUAAGCAUAUGGAAUUACUAUGGAAGAGUCUACUCAGGCUUUGUCUCAGAACUAUUGCUUAUGAAAUAUAAGCUUCCACGUUCGACUAUGAUGACAGUAGUGCUUUUCAUAUCAGGCAUUGGAAUGCUCUUCGUGGCCUUCCCUGAAAUCCCAUUUGCAUUUUAUGUGGCAUCAGUGCUGAUUGGAUUUUCAUUUGGUGCACAAGUACCAUUAAACUUGGCAAUGAUUUCUGAGUUCUUUGGCCUUAAGUACUACUCUACACUGUUCAAUUGUGCCCAAUUGAUAAGUCCACUUGGGUCAUUUCUACUAAAUGCAAAGCUCACAAAAUCUCUCUACUUCAAAGAGGCUACGAAGGACCUCAUAGCUAAGGGUGUGGAUACAUCAUCUGUGAAGGACCCAACUUGCAUUGGACACCACUGUUUUAGGCUGUCUUUCUCGAUUUUGGCCAUGGUUGCAUUCUUUGGAGCUUUUGCAGCGCUUUUAUUGUCGAAGAGAACGAAAGAAUUUUACAAAGGUGACAUAUAUAGGAAGUACAGAGUUAAAGAAGAUGAAGCAUAUAAGAGGUACAAAGGUGAAACAUAUACGAUGUUUAGAGAAGACUCUAAGGCCAACUAG